AUGGAAAGCGAGGUUUUGCCAAUUUUGGAACAGUUCAUGCUAACUCCUCUCGUCACCUGGGUGAAGACGUGUGGGCAAAUGAGUGCCCAGGAUGGAAACACUCUGUCAGAAUACACUGAAUUAGUAGAUGGCAUCUAUUUAAAUAAAAUCAUGGAUCAAAUAAAUCCGAAUCCCGCAACCCAGGAUGUAAGAAAAGUGAACAGUGACGCCGUCCAGAGAAGUCAAAACCUGUCUGUUCUUGUCCACCGCAUCAGGACGUACUACCAGGAGACUCUCCGACAGCUGAUAAUGAUGCCCCUUCCAAAUGUGAUGGUGCUUGGCAGGACUCCAUUCUGUGAGCAAAGCUUGGACGAAAUGAGGAGACUGUUACUUCUGUUACUAGGAUGUGCAGUACAGUGUGAGAAAAAAGAGGACUACAUUGAGAAGAUCCAAACCCUUGAAUUUGAUACAAAAGCUGCAAUUGCGUCUCAUAUUCAAGAGGUCACCCACAGUCAGGAGAAUGUGUUUGACCUGCACUGGUUGGAUGUGAGUGACCUUUGUCCUGAGGAGCUGGUGUCUAUGUCCAGGACCAUGGCUGUCCAUCUCAGCCAUUUACUGGACCAACGUGACAAACAGCUGGAGACCAUUAUGGAGCUGACGCAGGAGAGGGAGAGCGUGCAGACUGCAGAGUUUGCCAGCGAUGAGCCCACCACCCCCGCUGAGUCCUCCCGUGCACAUCAGUCUGUAUCUCAUCAGCAGCUGGCCGUGGAGCUGGCUGACUCAAAAGCUAGGAUCAGACGACUCAGGCAGGAACUAGAAGAGAAAAGUGAACAGCUACUGGACUGCAGGCAGGAACUGGACAAUAUGGGGGUAGAGUUCAAGAGGAUUCAGCAGGAGAAUGUGCUGCUGCUCUCAGACGCACGAGCGGUGCGGACAUAUCGCGAUGAGCUGGACGCGCUCAGAGAGAAAGCCCUCAAGGCUGACAAGCUGGAGAGUGAGGUGGGACGCUAUAGGGACAAGCUACACAACAUGGAGUUCUACAGAGCUAAAGUGGAGGAGCUGAAGGAGGACAAUCAAGUGUUGCUAGAGACCAAAUCCAUGCUGGAGGAACAGCUUGAAAGUUCCAGAGCGCGGUCAGAAAAAUCGCACCACUUGGAGAAACACACACUCCAACUGCAGGCCAGGCUUCACGAUAUGGAAGAGGAGAGGGCUCUGGACAAGAGACGUAUCGAGGAGUUGUUGGAGGAGAACGUAGCUCUAGAGCUAGCUCAGAGAAGAACCUUGGAUGAGUCCCUGCACCUGGGCUGGGAGCUGGAGCAGCUCUCCAAAGACCCCCAAACCACAUCUCCAACAGAGCAGAAGUCUCUGGAUCAGGAGGUGACAGAGAGCACGUGCAGCAGGUUGCUGAGGCUGGAACAGGAAAAUCGGAGCCUGCUGAAAACUCUUCAGGAGCUGAGAAGAGCCCGAAGCCCCUCGGAGGGGGGCAGAAACACCAGCCUCACACAGGAGGUGAGGAACACAACAAUUUCUGUGUGUUACUCUUCUCAAACUUCUCCCAACACCCAUGCACUCCAGGAGGAACAGCAGAUGAUUGCGUUUACUAAAAGGAUAAGCUGCCCAGAGUCCAAUCUCCAAGCCCUUAAAGCAGAGAACCAAAAACUCUCCCAGAUGCUUGAGGACAUGAACCGCAAGGUUCAGAACCUUGAAGCACAGCUACAGGACCUUGAGGCAGAGAACCAGUCUCUGCAGGGUAACGUGGAAGAGCUGAGGAUCUCCAGCCGACGCCUAGAACAGCUUGAGACAGAGAACCGGGCCAUGGAACAGGAGAACUCUCAGCUGGAGCGGGACAAGGGUCGCCUGGAGAAGGAAAACCGGCGUCUGCGGCAGCGAGCGGAGAUUCAGGAGGCAACACUGGACAGCAGCAGCCUGAGGCAGGCUGGAUUGGAGAAGGAGAACAGAGCCUUAGCCAAAGAGGUCGCUACCCUCAGGGAAACCCAUACCAGGACCAAAGAGCUGGAGACUGAAAACAAGGAGCUGCUCAAACAGGCAGCCAUCGACAAGCGGACACUGGCCACACUAAGAGAGGAGCUUGUCAGUGAGAGGUUGAAGACACAGCAGAGAGAGAAUGAUCUAGAGAAGUUAACCCACGAACUGGACAGGAUGGGGCUGAACCAGGAGAGGCUUCUGGGUGACCAAGAAACAGCAGACCACAGCCGGUUUAAGAUGUUGGAGAUGGAGUUGGAAUCUUCUCUAAAAAGAUCUCUGGAGAUUAAAGAGGAGAAGAUUGCUGCCUUGGAGGCUCGACUGCAGGAAUCGUCCAGCCUGAACCAGCAGCUGCGCCAUGAACUCAAGACUGUGAAGCAGAACUAUGAGGCGCUGUUGCAGAGGGAGGAGGAGGAGAGGGCUGGAGGAACCUCCCCACCACAGGCUGUGAGGGAGUGGCAGAAGGAGAGUCAGGAGACAACGCGAGAGCUGCUCAGGGUUAAAGAUCGCCUCAUUGAAGUGGAGAGAAAUAAUGCAACGCUGCAGGCAGAAAGGCAGAGUUUGCAUACGCAGCUUAAGCAGGUGCAGGCGCAGUCAGGCGGGCUGAAUGCGCAGAUCGUGGCGCUGCAACGGCAGACGGCCUCUCUGCAGGAGAGCAACACAGCCCUGCAGACGCAGAAUGCCCAGUUGCAGGUGGAAAAGUCUGCUUUGAAUUCCCAGAGUGCUUCACUGAUGGCCCAGAAUUCUCAGCUGCAGAGGCUGCAAUUCAGCGCUGAAGGGGAAAAGGAGAGCGCCGUACGCGACCGCGACGACCUGCGCACGGUCAACGAGCUGUUGCUUCGUGACCACGAGCGUCUGACGGCCCUGCACGAGAAACAGGCCGCCGAGUAUGAGGCUCUUAUAAACAAACACGCCGACCUGAAGACCAGUCACCGCAGUCUGGAGCUAGAACAUCGCUCCCUGGAGGACAGGUAUAACACAUUGCUGCAGCAAAAAGCUCAGUUGGAGGGGCUGCAGAAAGUCCUAAGGGAGGAGCAGGAGAGGAUGCAGCAGGUGACGAAAGAACACAGAGAAGCUGCUGCAGAGUGCCAGAGACUGCGAGAUGAGAAAGACUGGCUAAACCAGACAUACCAGAAGCUGCUGACGGACAAUGAGGUGCUGCAGGCAGACCAUAAGAACCUGAAGAGUGUGCUUAACUGUAUUAAACUGGAGCAGACGCGUCUGGAGUCUGAGCUCUCCCAACUCAAAGAGCAGUACCAGCAACUGGACAUCUCCUGCACCAAACUCACCAACCAGUGUGAGUUGCUAACUCAGCUGAAGGGGAACCUGGAGGAGGAAAACCGGCACCUCCUGGACCAGAUCCAGAGCCUGAUGCUACAGAACCGGACCCUUCUGGAACAGACCAUGGAGAGCAAAGACCUGUUCCAUGUAGAGCAGAGGCAGUACAUAGACAAACUGAAUGAACUGAGGAGACAGAAAGAGAAACUGGAGGAGAAGAUCAUGGAUCAGUACAAAUUUUAUGACCCAUCACCCCCACGCAGGAGAGGGAACUGGAUUGCGCUGAAGAUGAAGAAGCUGAUGAAGUCUCGGAGUCGUGAGCGGGUGAGGUCGCUAACCCCUCCUGCCCGCUCUGAGUCCUGCGAGGGCCUCCCCGAACUCCACUGCCAUGACAACGGUUCCUUUGUUGGCUCCCAGGGCUCAGUGGAGUCUGGUUCCAACUCUCUUCAUGACGACGCCCUGUCCCCCAAGAGAAGCAGCACGCUGAAAAUGUUCCGCGUAAUACGGGGCAAGCCGAGAGAGAAGGACAAAGUCAGGUCCUUCUUCCGUCGUUCUUUGUCCUUGAAUGACCUGCAUCAUCACGCUGAAGGUCACUCGGACGGUGACCUUCAUCAUCAUGCUGAAGGUCACUUGGACGGUGACCUUAAACCUCUGGAAGGGCAGACAGAGUGGGAUGAGAGGUCAGAGCUGCAGACAUCCUCUUUCAGCCACACCACCAAAAUGUCCAUGAACCAUCCCCCAUCAUCAGUGAAUCAUCUGCAUCGGUCUACAGACGACCCAAAGCCAAGGGUUAGGGCCAAAGGCAAAGAGUCCAGAACAGAGACGCCCCCGUCGGGCCCUCGUGAUAACCAUCAAGUACAGGAUGCUGCGGAGGCUGAUGGCCUGGAGAGCCGAGCCCAGAGCGAGAGCAGCGGGGAGUUCAGCCUCAGCGCGGAGAACGAGGCGUGGUCAAACGGCAGCAGUCCCAUCCAGGAACCCCCUUCCCGUCGACCCAGCGACCCCUCUCCCCCAGAUCGGCCUCCGCCGAAGGACGCCGGCAAAAGGCAGGGCUCCUGCUCCUCCGGGCAUGGCUUGUGGAGGUCCAACACCGUAAGAGCGGCCGCCGGCCAAGGGGCGGAGAGGAGGAAGGAACUGCGCAAGACGGAGAGCGUCCGGGUGUACAGCUCCUCGCCCAAGAUCCUGCUGCAAACGCAGAGCAAGUCCUCCUCCAUUUCCGGAUGCCUCGACUGCUUCGCCACGCCGCUGAGGAGGGAAGGCCGCGCUGGAGCCAUAGAGAUGCCCGCCACCUUGCCCCGCGCCAGCAGUGUCAUCUCUACGUCAGAGGGCGCUUCGCGUCGUGCCAGCUUCCACAGCACAGGAUCUGGAAGGUCGGUGGCGCCAUCCCCGAGUAAGUGUUGUCGAGGGUCCCAGGGCCUAGAGGUUCCAGUUCCCCUGAAUGAGUUCCCAGGCAAGGUGGUAGCAGAUGGUUGUCCCUUGGUUGAAGAGGAACCCCUGUUUGGUACAACUUUCACCAUAGACUCAGUCUUCACAGACACUAUUUUCAGCGAACAUGUUCGCUGUGGCCAUAACGACCAGACUGUCCUGUGUCUAAACACAUCACUGGUCCAUAACAUCACUGCUAUGCCAGCUAAGCUGGGCCCACAUGAAACUACUGUGCUCCAUGAUGGAGUGAGUAAGAGCCAAAAUGGUGGUCCAUGUUCAGGACAACAGGACGAUCUGACCAUUAAGGACUUCACCACUGCAAAUCACAAAACUGUUAGCGACCAAUGUGUUAACCCUUCCUCUGAGAACAAGCAGUCUGUAGUUGCAUGA